AACACACACACCGGUCCUCACUGCGCUGCCCAGGGGCCGGGGUGAGUCCCGAGGGGCUGCGCCCUUCAUCUGGCUGGCCUCGGUGUGCGCUGGGGAUGCGGCAAGCCGAGGAAAAGGACACAGGCUCGGACAAGGGUUUGUUGGUGUCUCUGCCUAGUCCUUGGGUCCUACUGAAAAACCAAUCCUGGUACAUCCUACCUGCAGACUCCUCCAGCCUGUCUCUGCCUGCAAUGGCCCUGGUUAGAGUCUACGGAAGGCAUGACUGAAGGGUCAGAGAAUAAUAUCUGCCUUCACUCAAGUGCUGUAGAAAAUGACCAAGUGCCCGGAACCAGUAUCCUUCAAAGAUGUGGCCGUGCAUUUCACCCAGGAGGAGUGGCAGUAUUUGGACUCUACCCAGAGGGCCUUAUAUAAGGAUGUCAUGCUGGAGAACUACUCCAACAUCAUCUCUUUGGGAUGCCGAAUCCCCAAGCCAGCUGUGAUCUACAAGUUGGAACAAGGAAAAGAACCAUGGAUAAUAAGGAGAGACUUCCCAAGACGGAGACCUCCAGUAGAAGUCUGGCACGUUGAUGGCCACAUGGAGAGACACCAGAAGUGCCAAGAAACACUUUCAAGGCAUGUUGAAUGUGUUGAUCAGGGAACUGUGACUGAGGAAAAGGGUCACAAGUGUAAUGCACUUGAAAAUACAUUUCGUCUGAGCACAGACUUUGCCUCUUCAAAACAACGAUUCCAAAAAUGUGACUCUAAUGGUAAGAAUUUGAACUGUUUAAAUUUAUGCAGUGGCAAGAGAAGACAUGCAAAAAAGAAUGGAUGUGGUGAAUGUGGGAAAGCCUUCUUCCAGAAGUCAGACCUCGUUAUACAUAACCGAAGUCACACAGGAGAAAAGCCCUUUGUAUGUACUGAAUGUGGGAAAGCCUUCAGCAAGAGAUCGAAUCUCAUUAUACAUCUCAGAGUCCAUACUCAAGAGAAACCCUAUCAGUGCACUGAAUGUACAAAAGCUUUCUCCCAUAAGUCACACCUCAUUGAACAUCAGAGAAUUCACACUGGGGAGAAACCCUAUGAAUGUAAUGAAUGUGGGAAAGCCUUUUUCCAGAAAUCACACCUCAACAUUCAUCAGAGAACUCAUACUGGAGAGAAACCCUAUGCAUGUGAUGAAUGUGGGAGAGCCUUCCGUGUGAGGUCACACCUCUUUGUACAUCGGAGAAUACACACAGGAGAGAAGCCUUAUGUAUGUACUGAGUGUGAGAGAGCUUUCACUGAAGUGUCAUGCCUUAUUAGACACCAGAAAAUCCAUACUGGUGAGAAACCUUAUGAAUGUAGUGAGUGUAAAAAAGCCUUUUCUGAGAAGUCUGACCUCAUUAUACAUCACAGAACUCAUACAGGGGAAAAACCCUAUGAAUGCAGUCAAUGUGGGAAGGCCUUCAGACAUAGCUCAGGCCUCUGUCGACAUAAGAGGAGUCAUAAAUAAAAAAAUUCCCUAAAAGAAAUUAAUGAGGGCAUACCUUCAACUAGAAUUUGAAGUUAUAAAAAGCCUUCAGUAGAAGUCAAACCUUAUUAUGUAUCAAAAAACCUUACUAAGGAUAAGUCUAUUAAUUUAUUUAGAAAAAUACAUAGCUAUGCUUCUAUAGAAAUCAUAUUCCAGAUGUGAUUCCAAAGUAUUUCUAGAAGAUAUUACAGAAAUUAUACCUGCUUAUUAACAGACAAAUGUUCACUGCGGACCACAAAGGCUUUUAAAAUAUUAAAAUAUUAAAAUAUUUUGUUCUGUAGUCAGAACAAAAUUAGAAAAUCAUAUGUGGAUAAUCAACAAGUUAUAAAAGCAUUACUAUAAGUGCUAUUAUUACUGUAAGUCCUGGUUGCACUACAUUAUGUUAUGCCCCAUAUAACGUAAGUCAUAUAUGUGUUGGAAUUACAUAUGUGAAUCUAUCAUAAUUGUGAAUACAAAAUAUUAUAUACAAAAUGUCAUCUACCAAGAUUUUCCACAUUAAAUAAUGCCAUUUUUCUUCAGUCUUCAGAAAAUAUGAAUUAUAAGCAAAACUACAGUGUUCAAUAAGAAUUCUAAAGUAUAAUAUAACAAAUUUUUUCCUGUUGCUUGCUGGUAUAUAUAAUAUACUCCUGCUGCUUCUUGAUUAGUGAUAUAGUAUAUAAAGGUGUUACUUACGUAAAAUAUAUAAAUAUGAGAUAGCUGUCAUAUGUGGCUGAAUGAGCAAAACAAAAUAGUCAUGGCCUCUUAUAAGACUCACUAUAAUUUAAAAAGUAGUUCUAGGUGGGUAAAUUACCCUCUUCUUGCAUAUUAAUAUGGGCUGAAUUUUCCCUGCUUGCCAGAUUUAUAUGUUGAAGCCCUAACCCCCAGUACCUCAGAAUGUGACUUUAUUUGAACAUAGGGCCUCUAAAGAAUAACUAAGUUAAAAUAAAGCUGUUAGAGUAUGCCCUAAUCCAAUCUGACUGGUGUCCUUGGAGAAUUGAAGACUAGGACACACAAGGAGAGGCCAGGAUCAGGUGUGCACAGAGGGACCACUGUGUGAAGAAGGAGCAAGAAGGUGGCCAUCCACAAGCCAAGGAGAGAGUCCUCAGAAGAAACUGACCCUGCUGCACCUUGAUCUUAGACUCCAAGCCUCCAGAACUGUGAGAAAAUAAACUUCUGUUGUUUAAGCCA